ACCGGAAGUGAGCGCGCAUAACUCUCUCGUCUUUUCUCCUCCCUUCUCUGGCGGUGACGCUAGCGAACCGGAGAGCCGCCGCCAGGCCGCCAGACCUGGGAUGGAUCUAGAAGAAGCUUUCCAAGUUGUCGGCGAGUUUGGACCCUACCAGAAGCGGGCCGUGGCUGUCCUGGUUCUGACACAGGUCUACAUGGCCUGUCAGUCUAUGUUGAUAGUUCUGGUUGGUUAUACGCCAGAGUACCGCAUCGAUCAGCUGGACGCCGUCCCCCCCGGCCUGCAGGACGGCGUCCCCCCCAGCCUGCAGGACGGCGUCCCCCCCAGCCAGCAGGAGCUCCUCCAACACGUCACCUUUACCGAGGACAUCGACUCCAUCGUGACCGAGUGGUUCCUGAUCAAGCAUCAGGCCUACAAGGUCAGUCUAGCCGGGUCGCUGUUCUUCGCCGGGCUGCUGGUCGGGAACGUGGUCUUCGGGCCGCUCUCGGAUCGGAUCGGAAGGAGGCCCGUGUACCUGACAGGUCUGUUUUUCGAGGUGAUUUUCGGGUAUUUGACGGCGGUGGCGCCCAGCUACGAGGUCUUCGCCGCGUCCCGUCUCCUGGUCGGCCUGAUGAACGGCGGCAUCGGCCUCGUCUGCUUCGUCCUCACCCAGGAGUACGUGGGCAAGUCCUACUGGGCCAUGACCGGGACGUUGACCAGCAUGAGUUUUGCGAUCGGCAUCGCCCUGUUCGGAGCUCUGGGAUACUUCAUCCGGCCGUGGAGGAACCUGGCGACUGUGGCGAACUCGUCCGGUGUCCUGUUCUUCCUGAUGUCCGUAAGUCUUCCAGAGUCUCCUCGCUGGCUUUAUUCUCAGGGUCAGACGGAGCGAGCUGAAGAGGUUCUGCGCUACAUGGCGCUGAGGAACGGGAACGCUGCCAAGAACCUGGUGCUGAAGCACGUGGGUUCUGCCAAAGGGGGGAGGCGUGGGAACCGGGCCGGCGUCCUGCAGCUGGUGGUCCACCCAGUCCUCCGUCUGAGGACCAUGGUGCUCAUGUACGUCUGGUACGCCUGCAGUCUGGUGUACUACGGUCUGACUCUGGGGGCCAGUGAGACCUCCGGUAGCCGGUAUCUUAACGUGGCGAUGUACGGCCUGGUGGAGCUGCCCGCCUACCCCCUCUGCAUGUACUUCAUCAACAAAGACUG